AUGAGUAGCCAACUUCAUUACGCCCUGCCGUUUGAGGAACGCAACGGUGCGCUAGAGGUGUCCAGAAUUACGUUUCUCCGAUCAAGAAAAGCCUUCACAUUGCGUAUUCUGUCAACGGAUAAGGAGUUUAAGAUCAUUGUGUAUGGAUCUUGCUGCCUUCUCUUCCAAGGUCAGGCUGUAGAUAUAUUGCAACUGGCUUUAGAACCACCCUCUCCGGAGUGA